AUGACUUUUUCAAGGUGGAUUCUCCUCUUCGUCCUCAACCGAUGUUUCUGCUAUGACCUUACCUACUUCGUCAAAGAGGAACAAAGUGCCGGCAUCUAUGUAGGGGACAUUGCCAGAGAUACGCGUCUCUUGGAGAGUGUCCCUUCCAGCGACCGUCGACUUAUCAGAUUCAGCCAACUGCUGCAAGGUGUGGUCGGUAGUCCGCUGCUUUUUCGUGUUGCACGGAAAACCGGCAAAAUCUACACUUCCCAGUCGCUAGACGCCGAAUUGCUAUGCCGAUACAACAAGGAGUGUGCCCAGUUUGUCAAAGUCGCCGUCCGACGCGAAGAAAGCUUUAUUAAGAUCCUAAAAGUGAGGGUCAUCAUAAAUGAUAUCAAUGACCACAUACCGGAAUUCCCUGUCAAGCAGAUUAACGUAAAAUUCACCGAAAACGACUAUAAAGGAACUAAAGUUUCUAUUCCGAACGCCGUGGACAGGGACAUUGGACUAGUCAAUUCUCGAAUAACGUACGAUUUGGAAAACAACGAUUACAGUCAGUUUAUGCUGUCUUUAUCGAAGAAAGUCGACGGAAACGUCAAUCUUGGUAUUGAGUUAAAGGAUAGACUUGAUCGCGAAGUCCAAGAAAUAUAUUUAAUUCGAGUGAUUGCCAAAGAUGGCGGUUCACCUUCAAAGCAGGGUGUUUUACAGGUCAACGUUUCUGUCGCAGAUAUCAAUGAUAACACUCCAGUUUUUUCACAAAGUGUCUACAACGUGUCCUUAAUUUACGAACAUAGUAGAGACGAUGCAGUUGCCGUUUUGUCAGCCAGGGAUCUGGAUUCGGGUAAAAAUGGUCAAAUUUCUUAUCAUUUUAGCCCCAAGACGUCCGACUUGGCCAAAUCCUAUUUUGAACUGAAAGAAUUAAACGGAGAAAUUUAUCUGCGGAGGAAGUUCGAGACUGAACGUGAUCUGACGUAUGAGCUGUUCGUGAAAGCGACAGACGGGGGUAACCCCCCUCUGAGUUCAAUCGCCUUAGUUUUCGUCAAUGUGAUUAACCAAAAAAACACCGCUCCUAUCAUCAACAUUAAUUUUUUUUCAGCCUCGACCAAAAACUCGAGCGCCAUUUCUGAAGAUAUCAGAGUUGGCAGUUUUAUAGCCUACGUGAUGGCCAUCGACCAAGAUACGGGACGUAAUGGCGAAGUCAGCUGCGACCUGAAACACGAUAAAUUUCAACUUCAAAGUUUAGCAGAAAAGGAAUACAAAAUAACAGUCAGUAAUCCAGUGGACCGGGAAACGGAAGACCAUUAUGAGAUUACUAUCUUUUGCCGAGACAAAGGGACGCCAUCUUUGCACAGCGAAGCCAGCUUUUCCAUCCAAGUGACAGACGUCAAUGAUAUGAAGCCUCAGUUUUCCAAUGAGACAUUUAUAUUCUACAUCAAUGAGAAUGAAAAAUCAGGCACUUGGGUCGGUUCCAUCAACGCCACUGACCUCGACCUAGGUCUCGGAGGGAAACUGACGUAUUCCCUGCUAACUAACAAUGAACGCUUUCUACCUUUUCAGAUUACUGACGACGGAAAUCUAUGCAGCGUCAUGUCUCUGGACUCUGAAUUUCAAGACAUGUACAAAUUCUGGGUUGUAGCUAAGGACAACGGCAGACCCUCACUGAAUAACACAGCGCAUGUUUCAGUCAAAGUACAAGACCUGAAUGACAACGCCCCACAUUUCACAUUCCCCAGUGUUAACCCUUUCACUUUAGAUAUUGUCUAUUACCCGAAUCAGACAAGAAACAUCACCACACUGAAAGCGGCUGAUAGUGAUAGCCUGGAAAACGCUUUUCUCAAAUACGAACUAAGCAACAGUAAUGAUAAACAACUUUUCCACAUCAACGAAUUUACAGGUUUGCUGUCUUUCGGUCGAGAACUGGUACAGACGGACUCAGGAUUUUAUAAUCUUCGGUUUGUGGUUAAAGACAGUGGCGAUCCCGUUCUUUCUGCCACGACAAAUUUGAACAUACGUCUGAUUGUCAGUAACAAGACGUUUGAAAAAAUGAACGCUUUUCAGGUUGAUCCAAACGACAGGAUACACGUAUAUCUGUUGAUAUUCAUUGUGCUGGUAGCCAUUUUGGCAUCGGUUAUUAUUACGGCUCCUAUUUCGAUAUGUGUCAUUCGCUGCAACGACCAGAAUCAUCCUAAACGCAAAAGAAUGCAUAACCCUUCUAAUAAACGCAUUAGAGACUUGAGAAUGUCAAUGUGUCCCACGUACUGGACUGAAGUGCCGGAUAAUUUAGCCGAGGAGGAAGUUACUCUUGAGAACACACUCACUAGAACCAAAGGAGUUCCUUCUGUAAAAUAUGAAGCAAAUAAAGAACUUCGGAAUCGGUGUCUUGAGAUGAAGACCCGCACAGACAAAGACGUUAUUUACGAGGUAAGUCAUGGUUUACGAUCUUUAUUAAACUUAGUAUGUCGGAGUUAG